CGUGCGAGGCGGCGCGGUCGAGACCGCCGGCCGGCUAUAUAAGUGACGGACGUGACCCCUGGCUCAGCACAGUGGGUGACCGAGCGCACCGGACAGCAUGGCCAGAAUGGGCGGCAUGCUGGCGGCAGUAAGCCUCCUGCUCCUCCAGGAUGUCUGUCGGGCGAUGGUGUACGAGCGGUGCCAGCUGGUCAACGAGCUGCGCCGCAAGGGCGUCCCUGAGAAGGACCUGUCCGACUGGGUGUGCCUGGCUUACCACGAGUCCCGCUACGACACCAACGCCGAGGGUCGCCUCAACUGGGACAACUCGGUCGACCACGGCCUCUUCCAGAUCUCGGACAUCUACUGGUGUGACUGGCGCCAUAAGGAGCCCGGCAGGCGCUACAAGAACAUGUGCCGCAAGAGCUGUGACGCGUUCCACGACAACGACAUCACAGACGACCUGGCGUGCGUCAUGAUGAUCCACAAGGAGCACCAGCGUCUGCAGGGCAACGGCUUCAUGGCUUGGACGGCAUGGAAGAACAAGUGUCGCGGCUCGGAUAUGACAUCGUACACAAUUGGCUGCGACCGCACCACGAGUAGCACCACCACGACGACGUCGACGGACCAGCCAAACGAACGAACGAACGCGCACACUCACUUCAACAACCUGGCGCCGCUCUUCAACCAGCUAGUACGCACCAGGAAUCACGACAAAGAGUGACCUUUGCUGCCGCUCAGUCGCCGUCGCUCGCUUGGCCGCCUCGCCGUCCUGCGCUGCUGCUUCUCAGUCUCGCCGCUGGCGUUUCUCAGUCUGGUCGCUGGCGCUUUUCAGUCCCGCCGCUUCUGUACACAGCUGCGCCAGCCGGCCGGGCCCGGGCCGGGCCGGGGCCGGGCCGAGGCUGACCGGAUCCCGUGCUAGCGGCGCUGAUCACCUGCCUGACUGGUGUCGCCUGCAGAAACGCUCAACCUCCGAUUACGACGACAACGCUGACGUCAUACAGAUGGCAAUGGCGACGUCAGACCUCUCACGGCAACAACGAUCAGACAGAGGUGGUUUCCGGCUUCCACCAGCAGAGACAGCGAUGAUGUCAGGCAGCGACGACACUCGUGACGUCAGAUGUCAGACAGUCGGUGUGUGACAGCGGGGACAAUAGCCGUAACGUUUGACUCUUGGUGAAAGCUUCCUGUGACGUGUGACUUUGUGUGUGACUCCGUAUGGCCUGAACAUCAGGAGCACCGCCAGGCUAUCACUGCUUGUGCUGCUGGCAAUGACUCUGUGACAGUGAAAACGUCGCAACAUUUCGAUCCACACCUGGCUCAGACAAACGUGCCUAGUGCACAGUGACGUAUCGCGCAGACGCUCUCGCUUGCUGCCCGCCUUGCCGGCUUUAUCUGUCACGUGCUGCUGCUUGAGUAAGCUGGGUACUUUGCAGGCGGUCUGAGGUUGAAUGUACCGGUGCCGCUCUGGGGGCACUCAACCGCGGCCAGUACCCCACAGGUACGCCCAGUACGCCGCGGUACCGGGCGUACGCCGCCGCGGGGCUGCCCGGCCGUUAGGUGCUCUCCGAGAAAGCAGAACGCCAGGCAGGAGAGAACCAAACACUUUCAGGUCACACGAACAUCUGCGCAUUACUUCUGCAGGUGAUUUGCUGGGCUUCGUCUUCAUGGUUAAUACAAUGACAGCCCCUGGU